CUACAAACCGCGCACGACGCGUAGCCAAGUGUACUAGUGCGUAGCCCGUUACGAGAGUUGAAGAAAUGAAUCUGACAAUGCAACUGGCGGUGAUCGUGGCUGUGUGCCUCUGCUUGGCGGAGGGCGCGCCCGACGUGCGGCUCACGAGGACCAAGCAACAGCGACCCACGCGCGGCUUUAAGAACGUCGAGAUGAUGACUGCCAGGGGCUUCGGAAAGCGCGACAGGCCCCACCCCCGUGCCGAACGCGACGUAGAUCAUCAGGCACCAUCCGCGCGACCUAAUCGCGGCACGCCUACAUUUAAGAGCCCCACUGUUGGAAUCGCAAGGGAUUUCGGUAAAAGGGCAUCGCAGUAUGGCAACGAAGUUACAACGUCCCCUCGGCCAUGGUUUAACCCUAAGAGCAAGUUGUUGGUUAGCACCCGUUUUGGCAAAAGAAGCGGCAAUGAAGAGAACUACGACGAAGAAGAAGAGAUCAGGGUGACACGCGGCACAUUCAAGCCCAACUCAAACAUUCUUAUCGCCCGGGGGUAUGGGAAACGUACCCAAUUGCCACAAAUCGAUGGAGUGUAUGGAUUGGACAACUUCUGGGAAAUGCUUGAGACCUCGCCGGAGAGGGAAGUUCAGGAAGUCGACGAGAAAACACUGGAAAGUAUCCCUUUGGACUGGUUUGUGAAUGAAAUGCUCAACAAUCCGGAUUUCGCGCGGUCCGUAGUCCGCAAAUUCAUCGAUCUUAAUCAGGAUGGCAUGCUCUCAUCGGAGGAAUUACUGAGAAAUUUUUAAAUCUGUAUUAUUUGCGGAACACUUACGGUUAUGUUAAAUUCAUUUAUUGUACGAAUACUCUAUUUAUUAUUGAGUUACGUUGUGUAACGUUACUGUGAUACGAGAUCUUCAUUGAAAAAAAAAUAAAAAAAUGUUCUCGAAUUUCGUUCAUUUAUGUUUCAAAUUGUUAUUGUAAAUAAUUUGUCAAUGGCGUAAGAUCUUUUCUGUCCAUAGGAUAUUUCUAUAUGUCUAUUAUAUAGUCGUGGUUUAAAUCUGAAAGUUCGCUGUCUAUUUAUCCAAAUAAUAAGAGGCACAAGACUAAAUUAACUAAAUUAAAUAUAACUUUUGACUCUGAAAAUCUUCGUAGCAUUUCGAAGGGGAAAGGCUAUGUUUUUAGGCUGGGAUCACAUUAUAAUUUAUAUAAGUCAAUUUUCUAGUCAACUAGUAGAAUCUGUCCUUUACUCUACAUACAUACAUAACCUAUAAAAUGUAGGCGAUAUUCAAAACUUUAUCUACGUUUGGAUGCCCUAUAUAAAUUAGUUUGUUGUUAAUUAGAUAACAGUCGAAGUUACGGAUGAAAUAAAGAUAUGUCGGUAUCGAA